UUUUUGAGUUUUCUACUCUCUCACUCACUCUCUUGUUCUUGCCUUCUUGGAGUUAGAGACUCCAUAACAGUGCCAGCUCUCCACUUUCUCUCACCCUCUUCAUUCCCCCUCUUCCAUUCUGCGUCUGCGACCAACAAGCUCCACCAAGCCGCCGGACUGCUAUCCUGCUGUCGAUCUGGACGCCGCCGAAGGGACAGCUCGCCACCGAUCUGUACGCCACCGCUCGGAGCAGAUAACUGCUGGUCAGACCGCCUUCGGACAGAGCCACUGGGAUCUUCUGCCUGCAGGCCGUUCACUCCAACAGAGAGAGUUCGUGGCUGUCAACCUAUCCAGGGAGCUCCAUCCCACCGACAACGUGGUUAAACUCAUCUUUUCUUGUUUGGUUGUUGUAAUCUAUUUGUAAAGGAACUGGUAGGAGAGGAUGGAAAGUGAUGGUAUGGAGCAUCUUGUUGAUGACAAAAGUGAUGGUAUGGAGCAUCUUGUUGAUGAUGACAAAGGUGAUGGUGUGGAGCAUGUUGUUCAUGAUAAAAGUGAUACUAUGGAGCAUGCGGAUGAUGAUGAUAGUGAUGAUUCUAGUAGUGACAGCGGUGAUGAUGAUUUACAAGAGGAUCAAGGUAAAGGGAAUGAUGUAAGUCACAUGGAGGAGGCUACCAUGUUUAAGAAUAAAGCCGAACUGAGUAAAGAGGAAGUUUUGAAAAUGGUGUUCGAUACUCAUGAAAAGGCCUAUGAUUUUUAUGUGAGUUAUGCUAAGUGUGUUGGAUUUAGUGUCCGGAAAGGAGACGUGGCUCGUGAUGAUGAUGGCAAAUUGAUAAGACGAAGAUUUGUAUGCAACAGGCAAGGCUUGAGAGACAAAAAGCAUUACAUGAGAAUUGAUAGAAAAAGGGAUCAGAAACCAGAGACUAGGACGAAUUGUCAUGCAAUGUUGAGUAUUUACCUUGACAACCACACCUCAACUUGGAGAGUGAGAACCUUUGAAAAAGGCCACAACCAUGAGCUAGCACCCGCUGGAUUUGAUUACAUCGUGCCAAAUACUCGUCGGUUAACAACUGCAAAAAAGGCACAAAGUGAUGGUAUCCGCAUACAUGGGUUCCUAACAUUUCAAAUCAUGGGUUUUAUGGUUGGUCAAGCUAGGGCUUUUGCUGGAGUUGAAUUCUCAAAGGACUUGUACAGUUACAUUGAUAAACAAAGAUGUCCUAAGAUAGUUGAUGGUGAUGCACUUGCAGCUAUUAGCUAUUUGCAGGGUAAGGCUGAUUCUGAUCCGACGUUGUUUGCUAGGUACACCACUACAGAUGAUGAUCAAUUGGGAAACUUGUUUUGGGCUGAUGGCUUAAGUCAAGUUGACUAUGAGUACUUUGGGGAUGUGGUUGGACUUGAUACAAAAUACAAAGAAAGCAUGUACCACAGACGCUUAGUUAUCUUUUCUGGUACUAAUCAUCAUCGACAAACUUGUAUUUUUGCAUGUGCCUUACUAGGUGAUGAGCGAGCUGACACAUAUAAAUGGGCAUUGGAGAAUUUCUUAGAUGCAAUGGAAAAGAAGCACCCAAGUGCAGUGGUAACUGAUGAUAAUGAGGCCAUGAAAGAGGCAAUUCAGGUGGUGUUCCCAAAUGCUACCCAUAGGCUAUGUGCUUGGCAUCUUCAAAAAGGUGCAGCAUACAACAUUAGGGAUGCUGAAUUUGUUGAGGCUUUCAAGAAAUCUAUUUAUACCAACUUUGAUCCUGAUGAGUUUGAGGAGUAUUGGCGUAACAUGAUACAAAAGUUUGAGGUAUGUGACAGUAUGUGGGUAGAGGAGACAUAUAAGAAGAAGGAAAUGUGGGCCACGACUUACCUUCGUGAUAAGUUCUGUUCUGGACUAAGAGCAUCAUCACGAUGUGAGGGCUUAAACCCAUUGAUGAAGAAAUAUAUCAAGGCAAGGCACAAUAUACUCGAAUUGGUCCAACACUUUGAGCUUGCAUUGAAGGAAUUUAGGAACAAUGAAUUGGUAGCAGAGUUCAAUUCCAUGUACAAUGAGCCUGUUUUGACAACUGCAUUAGAAUCAAUUGAGCGCAAGGCUGCUAAAGUGUUUACGAGGGAAAUUUUCAAAGAAGUGCAAAAAGAGUUAGAAGGGGCUGCUUUACUAUUUGUUGUUGGAUGUGAAAACCUUUCAACGACUGCCACGUUUAAAUUGACUAAGUAUGGCAAGCCUGGUUGGGAAUACAAGGUGACAUACGACAGAGAAUCACAGAAAUUUGAAUGCCAGUGUUGCCUAUGGAGUACCCAUGGCAUUCCCUGUAGUCACAUAUUUUGUGUUAUGAUUUAUGAACAUAUUGCAGAAUUACCCGAAAAGAUGAUUCUUAAAAGAUGGACUCAAGCUGCAAAGUCUUUUAAUGAGCUUCCGGAUGAAGAAGAUGAGGUGAAUGAUAAAAAGUUCUUGUUUCGUUAUGGUGCAUUAUGUGCUGCAAGUAAUUGGAUGUCAUUUCUGGCAGCAAGAAAAUUGCAUAAUUUUCUUGAAACAAAAGAUGAAAUUUAUAAAAUCACGGCUAAGCUAGAGCAUAAAGGCUGUAUGGUGGAUACCAGAUCAUUUUCUAUUCCCAAGAAUACCAUGGAUGACACGACCAAGGGUGCAUCACUAACUUAUAAGAAUGGUAAGAAGCGGCGACGUUGCAAAGCUUGUAACAAGAUGGGUCAUUCAAAGUCUAGUUGUCCAAGGGUCAAGGACAGAAGGUCUCGAGGAGAUGAUCUCAGUUCGUCUUCAAUGUCAGAUAAUCCUCGAAAUGCGGGUCAUGCCACAAAUAGCGCAGUGGAUCCUCCAAAUACUGGUCCUGCAACACAUAACACUCUGGAUGAUCCUCCAAAUGCAGGUCCUGCAACAAAUAACGAGGUAGGGCACCCUCCAACAGACUCAUCAACCGCCAUGACACAAUCGCUAGCUGUGAAUCAUGCAUCUGCAGCCUCUCGAUUCGGGGUAUGGGGACCCCAAUUUCUUCUUCCUGGUCCUGGUCAACCAUGCUUUGCUGCAAAUAUAGGUCACCAAUACUAUCUUGCAAAUCAAGGUGCUAGAUAUUAUCCCCUUGCUCCAGCCCAACAGCAAUUUCUUAGACCUCAAGGUUUAGUGCAGCGGUUUGUUCCUCAAGGUGUAUUACCCCAGCAAUAUGUCGGAGGUCCGAAUCCUCAAUUCCAAGGCUUAGCGCAGCAAAAACGUGGCAAAGGUCGUGCUCGUCGUUGAUCAUAUCUUUAGAAACAUGGUUUGAAGUCUUGUUGAGAAAUGUCACUAAUCAAGGAUGACAACAUCACUCAGCAUCAGUAUUUCAUUGGUUUGUGGUUUGAGUAUAGUCUUCCUCCCAUCCUCCCUGUGAAUAUAUAUGCAGCGUUUUGAACCUGAUGAUAUGGGCAUCAAGAUGUAAAUGCUGCAUUCAUCUAUGAUAUAGCACGUACAUAUUUUCUAAUCAUCCCUAGUUUUUGUAGAGUCGGUUACUGACAUUUGACACCUGAUGGAAAUGAUUUGUAGGAAACUUAAAAAUGGUUGCUUUUAUGUUCUUGUGGAGGUUAACCUUGAACCAAUUGAAAAGUGCAGAGGUAUUGCGGUAUUGUUCAUAUAAAGGACACUUUAUUGGAGAUACUAUUUACUGUUUUUUCUUA